AUGGCCGAAACUGACCUACCUGAAGAUGUUAUACUGAACAUUUUGUCUUGGCUGCCCGUCAAAUCCUUGAUCCGAUUCACCUCCGUUUCCAAACGCUUCCGAUCCAUCAUAUUGUACGACCCCAAAUUAGCCAGAACUCAAUUUGAAGCAGCUUGUCAGCGGAAAACCCUAAGUUGCCGACUCAUCUUCCACACCGUCACCCGUCGCCUCGAAUCCCUAGACUUGGAUACACCGUCCUAUGGAGACAUUUCCUCCAGCAGAAAGCUGAGUUUCCCUUUCGAGGAACCGGCAACCCGAUUCUUCAUGGAGUUGCCUAAGCCAGGUUUUUCUGACGGACUAUGGCUCAGGUAUUAUGGUGCUGGCUAUUUGUCUGCCACCGACGACUACAAAGUUUUCGCAGCCUCUUAUGACGUGAAUGGACCGACACGAGAGAUGAAGAUGUUCUCCUUGAGAGCUCACGUUUGGAAAACAAUCCAACACCCUGGCCAUGACAAAGCCUCUGAUGAGGGGAGUCUUUUGAAUGAUGAGGCAAUUCAUUGGUCAGUGGGGAAUGAAAUCCUUGCUUUUGAUUUCGAACAGGAGGAGUUCAGGACUGUGUGUCUGCCUGAUCAUCAUGACAUUCAGGACCCAUUUGGUGUUAGCUAUGUUGGGGUUUCUGAGGGAUGUCUAUCAGUUGCCGUAAAAGGGGUUGGCGACGAGUGGUCGUUGGUUAAGAUUGAUCAUAAAGAAGAGAAGGAACUUCUCGUGUAUACGACUGGAGGCACCUGGCUUGACCGCUACCGUCACAUGAUUCCGUAUGAAGAGAGUCUACUUUUAGUGCUGAGCGUUGGUUAG